CUGCUCCUUUUCCCCCCCGCCUCCAUUUUGUUCGCGGACGCUGGGGACGGUGGGAGCAGAUCCAUUUCCGGGUUGGCAAAAGGGGCGGUGGUGGCGAGAAAAGGAGCUUGCCGGGUGGGGGCCGAGCAGGACUGGACCAAGCUGGAGCAGACGUGGCGGAGGAUUCGCUCCCGGAGCCGCUGCGGCCAGGGAAUAAUUAGUUGAAGAUAACUGUGUCUCCGAUAGGUGUUGGGAUGGAUUAUGAAGAUCAUUUCUUGCAGUAUAUGACAGUGGCCCUUGUAACAUUGGAGACCCCAAGACAAAUCCUCUCGUUGGUGGCCCUGGAUUCGGCUUUCUUCUGCCAUCAUUAGUCCAGCGUAUUCUGUUCCUGAUAUGCAGGUAUAUGAGUGACCUAAAGCUGCAAAUUAAAACGGAGAGAGAGCAGUGCCAACUGCGCACAGGGCAAGGAUGCCAAUUCCUCCUCCCCCUCCGCCCCCACCUGGUCCUCCUCCACCUCCCACUUUUAAUCAGGCAAACACAGAGCAUCCCAAGCUGAGUAGAGAUGAGCAGCGGGGUCGAGGCGCCCUCUUACAGGACAUCUGCAAAGGGACCAAGCUGAAGAAGGUGACCAACAGUAAUGAUCGGAGUGCACCCAUCCUCGAGAAACCCAAAGGAAGCAGUGGUGGUUAUGGCUGUGGAGCAGCUGCCCUGCAGCCCAAGGGAGGUCUCUUCCAAGGAGGAGUGCCGAAGCUCCGACCUGUGGGAGCCAAGGAUGUUUCAGAGAACCUAGCUGGUAAGCCAGCCCUGCAAGUCCCUAGUUCUCGAGCUGCUGCUCCAAGGCCUCCAGUGUCUGCAGCCGGCGGGCGCCCUCAAGAUGAUACAGACAGCAGCCGAGCAUCACUCCCAGAGCUGCCCCGGAUGCAGAGACCUUCAUUACCGGACCUCUCUCGGCCUAAUACCACCAGCAGUACGGGCAUGAAGCACAGCUCCUCUGCCCCUCCUCCGCCACCCCCAGGGCGGCGUGCCAACGCACCCCCUACACCUCUGCCUAUGCACAGCAACAAAGUCCCAGCCUACAACAGAGAGAAACCCUUGCCACCCACACCUGGACAGAGGCUUCACCCUGGUCGAGAGGGACCUCCUGCUCCACCCCCAGUCAAACCACCUCCUUCCCCUGUGAAUAUCAGAACGGGACCAAGUGGCCAGUCUCUGGCUCCUCCUCCUCCGCCUUACCGCCAGCCUCCAGGGGUCCCCAAUGGACCCUCUAGUCCCACGAAUGAGUCAGCCCCUGAGCUGCCACAGAGACACAAUUCUUUGCAUAGGAAGACACCAGGGCCUGUCAGAGGCCUAGCACCUCCUCCACCCACCUCAGCCUCCCCUUCUUUACAGAGUAACAGGCCACCUCCCCCAGCCCGAGACCCUCCCAGUCGGGGAGCAGCUCCCCCACCUCCACCACCCAUAAUCCGAAAUGGUGCCAGGGAUGCUCCCCCUCCCCCUCCACCAUAUCGACAUGGGUCAGAACCUCUGAGCAGAGGAAAGCCCCCACCUCCACCCUCAAGGACGCCAGCUGGGCCACCCCCUCCUCCUCCGCCACCCCUGAGGAACGGCCACAGGGAUUCCAUUACCACUGUCCGAUCUUUCUUGGAUGAUUUUGAGUCAAAAUAUUCUUUCCAUCCAGUAGAAGACUUUCCUGCUCCAGAAGAAUAUAAACACUUUCAGAGAGUAUAUCCCAGCAAAACAAACCGAGCUGCCCGUGGAGCCCCACCUUUGCCACCCAUUCUCAGGUGAAGCCUGGCUUGGUCCUGUUCCUCAGGAAAAGGAUGGACCCACUUCUCUUCUCAGAUGGUCCCUUCCAUUCCCCUGAAACCUGCAUGAGAGUUCCUGACAUGUUUCUCCAGUGCAGCCAACCUCUAGACUCCAAGUGUCCUCCCCGCUCACCUCCAUCUAUGCAUCUCGUCUCUGGACUUGGUGAUUGGACUCUUUAUAUUGACAGUAGGGUCUCAAACCCUGCAUCCAUCCCUCCUCUAGCAAGCUCUGCUAGCCAGAUGAGGAUGAGGAAAAAGCGUCCAUGUCUCCUGCUUUCCUCUCGGGGAAGGGUGCCUUGUUGUGAUGAAUUAACUCAUUGUUGGGGCAGGGUGGAGAAAGGUACUCCUACCUCCUCCUACCCACUGUGGGGGAAGCUUGGCAGGUAUAUUAUAUUUCAUCAUUUAGGAGGCUGACAUGGCCAGAACUUUGGCGUGGGAUGGGGGUGGGGAGCAUUUUUAGUGAAAUAGGAAAGGCGUUUGCAGAAAAAAGAUAUGUUUUAAAGGCCAAGUUUGGAGAAGGGCAAGGAAAUGGGUCUGUUUUAUUUUUAGGGAUAUUUUGGUUUUACUCUUACCCCACCCCAUGCCCUCACCCCAGGAAUAAGUUGGGUAUAAACACUAAAUACUAAUCAGUUGAACUAAACAUCUAAUAGAAAGAGAGGGUGAAGUAAACUGAGAGCCUUUCAGAGCUAGUCAGUUCCUCUGCAGCAAAGGGAACAGGAGCCAUUUGGGUCCUCUGGGACUCCCUGCCCUAUUUCCUCAGGGUGCUGAGGUUGAGGGAUGUUUUUUCUGCCCCCACCACCCAGCCCUCAAGAGAAAAGUCACUUUCAUUCAUUUUUUUCUGGAUUCACAAACCCUAAAAACUUCAGUGGGAGGUAAGAAAAUAGGGCCUGGACCUUGGCCUUAACUUUAACCUUGACCUCGAGUUUACCUGAGUCUUUUCUGACUGGCCCUGAAGGCCAUUGGCCCUUUCAGUCCUGUCCAGAAACUUCAGCCCCUGAUGAGUGCUCCACAAUGACAAAGAAGGGACCAUGGAAGGGACUAGCUCUGUGGGCUACAGAAGACUAAGGCCUACUCGCUGUAGUGUUCACAGCCCAUCUGACUGAACAGACUCUUCUUUUCUCUGUCACCUUUGCAUUCCCAAGACUGCAAGGGUUAGCACAGCAGAGUAGAGAAGGGUGAGCAAGUUUAUGGGGGUAAUCAAAGAUUCCUCUGUGCCAAGAAGCACAAAGACUUUGGUGAGGUGUGCCUCAGCCCAGUUGAUAUAACUUGGCAGCCAGCAAUAUGUUGUUUCUUCGUCCUCCAGGUCCUAGUUUAAGACCACAGAGAAAAAGGAAGUUUCCAGUCUAGGUAGAAACUGAGCCUGGAUGAUGGGAAGGGGCUUCCCCCUUCUCCAAGAGCAGGAUGGGGCUCCUGAUCUCCACACACAGAUGGUUUGGUUUGCUACAGCUCUUGCCAAGUGCAGAGGCUGCUCAAAGCUUGGAAUAAGAGCAGGCAGGCCAUGGCUACUCAUUGAAAUGGUUGGGGAAAGUCAGUUAAAAAAUUUCAUCAUCUAUAUCACAGGCUUAAACCACCUUAUGGAGCUUUGUAAUCUCUUGGAUCACAGACUAAGGAUCUGGGUAUGGUACCAGGUGAAACCCAAGUCUUCCCAAUACUAGAUGAGAGUAGGCUCAACUUGGGUUAUUUGUAUGGGGUCUGCUAUUUUUUGUUAUCCCCUGGACCACAUUGACUCUUGGGACAAACCAUGAUCAGGUCUGUCACCAAACUUUUUCUAAUCAUUAUUUAUCAUUCUUAUUUUCAAAUCUGUUAGCAGUUGUCUCCCAGCAGUGUCCCCAGCAUCCUGAAGUGAAUAGAACUGAGAGAGGGGACACUAGUGGAGGGAACACGAGAGAGUACAAGAGUGGAUACUGCAGCAGAGUUCCAGGGUAGGUAGAUGCUGACCAGUUACUGAACUUGGACUGUGAAGUCUUCCCAUUUAUUUUUGAAAUGGGAGUUGCUGCCUUUGUACAAUGUUAUCAAAGUGUAUUUUCCUCCCUUUACUCAAAUAUAGAGCAUCAGAAUAAGUAUUACAAGUAAAAGCCAAACCCCAGCUUUUCAUUGGAGCUGAUGUCUUCCUCCCCUAUGACCUGCUGCCCUCAUAUUCCCUAGCAUUUGGACUGUGUCACAUGGGUAUUGUAUUUUCGUUUUCUUGGCCUCAUGAAAAAAGGCCCAAGCCUAGAUCUAGUCAGAUGGAUUUUGUUCUUCAGAGCAUGUUAGUGACACAGUACUUAUUUAAAUGUCUUUGCCUUAUACAUUGUUUGGUCCCUCUGUUAAUAACAGAUUUAUUAUCAUGUAUAUUUACUAUUGAGGAAUGGGAAUGUGAUCCUUAUAGUUAUUGAUCUAUUUUGUAUGUUGUAAAAAGCUUGUAAUAUAGGUUUAAGGUGGGCUGGCUGCAAGAGCACUAAAACGUCUCACCUUUUAAACUGCUCUUUUUAUCUGCUCCUGGGAAUGUCGUCUCUUCAGUGGGAGAUUGGGUGGUCUCAUGUUGAGGCUGUUGCCCAGUCCCAUUAACCCCCUUAUCCCCUCCCAGAAGGAAGAGACAUUGCCCACCUUAGCAUCAGGAAGCUAUGUUAAAAGCCCUUGUGUGGGUUUGGUUUUAUGAUGUUUUUCUCUGGCGGGAAAAACUUAAUACUGUAGUUGUUCCUUACUGCCCUUUCUGGGAAGCAGGGCAGUGGCCUCCAGGUUUUUAAAUGAGCUAGGUGCCCCUCUUCCCCUCAUCCUCUCUGGUCACCAAACCUGGAUAAAAGCACUUCGAUAUUCCAGGUGUGGAUUUUUCUGUCAUGGGGAUUUCCUCCAGCAGCAGAGCCCCAUCAUCUUCACAGCUGUGCCCACAGAGUGAGAACUCUUAGGUCUGCCCCACCCAAUGGAUAUGAAGCUGCUGUCUCCAGAAAUUCAUCCUACCCCUCCCAGCUAGCAAAGGCAGGGAGACUAGCCACUGGCCAUUGCACUGGGAGCAUCCCCUCACGCCACGGCUUCCCAACUUGAAACCCAGAUUUACCUCUAGGGAGAGGUGAGAAAAAAUUGUAAAUAGACUUGCUACAGAGCAACUCAGGGUUGGGGUAUGUUUUAAUUCUCCUGAUCACUUGAAAUAAUCUGUAGGCUGAGUGCUUAUGGGAGUGGGGGAGAAGUGUGACUCCAGGGUCUUCUGUGAAGCUCUGGGGGUGGAGUAUAGGGCAUCUGAGGCCCUUUGAUGGCACUACACUGAGCUGUCUGUCCUUCUGGAAACCCAACCUACAAUCAACUGCGAAUCAAAUUCUUCACAUUCCAGUUGUAGUCUUUCUCUCCCUAUUAAAUCUCAGUCCCUGGCUGUGUAGUCAGGGUGGCUUUCUGUAAGCCACCCUAAUUUAGGGAAUGGAAGGCAUUACAACUUUGCCUUCAAGACUCAUCUCUUUAAAGCAAAAUGAAAACUGCAACCACCUUCAAAACAAAAAAAGGAUAACCUGUUUAAACGAAGGAAGGGUUUGGUUUCAUUCAACUCCACGUUCAUUGUGCCUUGUGUUAGAUUUCCGUGCUUUCUUCCUCUCUCCCUGUUUGAAGCAAUUAAAAUCUUCCUUGAUAACUGCUGUUUCCUCCUUUCUACUAUUGUUUCUAGCAUCUUAGUGGGUUCCCUAAUGUAAAUCUCAUUCCACUGGUGGCAGAGGGGCCAAGUUUAUUUUCUCAUGCCUAAAUUUUGUCAUUUCGCACGACAACCAGCAUGGAAGUCGUAGUCAACACUGAAUAAAAGACUAGAAUGACAUGAGUGAAGAGUGUGAGUGUGUAUGUGUGUGUCCAUCUGUCUGCAUGUGGAUCAGUUUCUUUAAAAAGAAAAUAAUUUAUUGUAUGAUUUAUUUUGGAGUUAUAUUCUGAUUAGAGUGCUCCCUCUCCCAAUUAGCAUUCAUUCCCCCCGCAUCUAAAAUGUGCAUUCUGGUCUCAGGUUGGAUUCUUUGGUACAUUUGUUUCUUCUGGAUGCCAUGCAGUUUAAUUAAACCUUGUUUAAAAAUGAAAACAAAA